GAUUUGGAAAGUACCCAGGACACAAAAGGAGGAAUUCUAAAAGACAGGUCAACUAAGCUGGGGUCUCAAAGUAGAGGAGAAAGAAAAGACUCAGAGCUCUCUCUCUCUCUCUCUCUCUCUCUCUGUGUCACACACUUGAAGGAACCGCUGAGGAAACCUUGCCUAGUCAGACCAAAGGACUUAUUUGAUCUGCGUAUUGCAUGCUUUCAACCACAGAAAUGGAGAAGUGGCCUUUCUCAUGAAGAUAAAAGGAUGUCACGAUCAGUUUUUCUGUUGCUAUCAAUAUUGACAGUCCAAGGUAGUGGAUGUGAUGACUUUUUGAGGGAGGUUGUCAAGAAUCUUCAAACCACCCUUAACUCAGACCACGCUGGAUUUCGUAAGGUGUUCCCUAAAGACUAUUGGAUUUCCCACCACUACAAUGUCAACCUGCUGUGCAACACUGAUCCGUGUUGUGUGUUCCGAGCUGCGACUGUUCUCUCUGACUCCUGGCUCCAGCUCCGCAGCCAGCUGUGGCCAGAGCACCAUAGCUUCGAAUUCAUCUCCAACCUUAUACAAGCCCUGGGUGACAGGGGCAUGACAAAAGGGAGAUUUGAGGAUCCUGACCCUUCCGUUCUUCCCUCUGUCUCCUCCUCUCCAGAGAAACUUCUCAACUUCACUUCAUCUGUUUUCUCCAAAUGGCUGGAGCUGGGGUGCUCGACCCCGGUGGACACUUGUCCCUUCCCCACUCUGGCCUCUCCGGCUGGGGAGGAAGAAAGGGCAGCUCUGGAAAGUAAAAAAGUGAGGUCAUUAACCACACGAGCAGUUCACAUGCAACACAGGGAGAAUGAAAGGGAAACAGAGAUGAGGUUAAACACACCUCCACCAACCAAUAGGAGCCCAACAUCCAAAGCUUACAUUGGAGCCUCCUGUUAUGUGGACUGCCCUGGAUGCUACUGUAGAGCGGUUGCUAUAGUUACUGAAGUGGAUCUCUUCAAUGGCGCACACAAAAUGCAAGAAAUAAAAUAAAUAAGAUUCUCUGUUUUUGAAAGAAUACAUCCUUUUCUUUUUGCAAUGUGUAUUGGAGCACUGGUUGGCUUUUUCUUCUCAAUCUGUCCAUUCUAGCAGUUCUAAUACAGUAAGCUUUGUCAAUCAAGUGACUGCCAUGCACAUGUAAUUGUUGCACUGAAAGUACAACUGCAGUCAAGAUUAUGUAUAGAAUAACAACCUUUUCAUUUACUGUCUGCACACCAGAGUUCUAUUAUUAUAAUUAUAAGAAACCGUUACAACAUAGCUUGCGUAGAAUAUGGCUUUUUAUACAGAUGGCUAACUAAACACUAACAAGUGUUUUAUAUUGAGCAAGCUACAGCACAUAAAUUAUUGUCCAAUAUUUCUGAUCAAAUUCAUAUGAUGUUUACAAUGCAGUGGAAUGUGAAUAUUUGUUUGUUUGUCUGUUGGUCUUCAAUGAAUGUUGUUUUUUCUAUGAACUUUUGUACAUACUGCAUCUUGUAAAUAAAAACCAUGCAGCCGUUA